AUGUCUACACACACUGUUGACGGCUCGACAGCCAAUGCCAAAGUCAAUGGCGCAAAAUUCAGACGCAUAACAUCGAAGGACCAGCCGGAGAACCCUUUCAUCAAGCUCAUUCCCGACCAGACACUUGCCAUAGUUCCAACCUUUGAGCUUGAAUCCGGUGUUGUAUUACAGAAUGUACCUGUCGCAUACAAGACGUACGGCACACUGGCGCCCGAUGGAGACAAUGCGAUGGUCAUAUGUCAUGCGUUGACAGGAAGUGCUGACGUUGGGGACUGGUGGGGACCACUGCUAGGAGGACCUGGCGAGGAGGGAAAAGAGGCAAGAGCGUUUGAUCAGUCACGUUUCUUCGUUGUGUGUAUCAACAGUCUUGGGAGUCCAUACGGCAGUGCGAGUCCGGUGACCGCGAAAGAAGGCGACGCGGAGAACGAGCACUAUGGGCCUGAGUUUCCGUUGACGACGAUACGGGAUGAUGUGAAUUUGUUCAAGGUGCUUUUGGAUGAUCUAGGUGUGAAGCAGAUCGCAACAGUGAUCGGAGGAUCUAUGGGUGGGAUGUUGGUGCUAGAAUUCGCAUACUUUGGCCAUGAAUACGUGCGAUCAAUCAUAGCCAUUGCGACGUCAGCACGAUACAGUGCUUGGGGCAUCAGCUGGGGUGAGGCGCAAAGGCAGAGCAUCUACAGCGAUCCGAAGUACGACGACGGCUACUAUACUUUCGAGGACCCUCCGGCUGCUGGUUUGGGCGCAGCUCGGAUGUCGGCAUUACUUACAUAUCGAAGUCGAGAUUCAUUCGAGACUCGCUUCGGACGAAACACCCCAGAUCCGUCCCGAAGACAGAACAUCAAUGGCUCGUCGCGACCACACACACCCACAAACGAGCACUUCGCCAUCCACAACGAAGGCCACCGAACAGCAGGCUCACCUCGUCUACGCACAAACGGCGACCUCUCAUCCUCAGUAGACUCUUUACAAUCACCAAUCGAAGUUACAGACCCUCAAUUCCGCGGUGCCACACUCUUACCAGGCCCCCGACCAUCCAACAACAACAGCAACAGAAAACGCAUCUCAACCUACUACUCCGCCCAAUCCUACCUCCGCUACCAAGGCGAAAAAUUCAUCAACCGCUUCGACGCAAAUUGCUACAUAGCCAUCACGCGAAAACUCGAUACCCACGAUGUCUCGCGUGGCCGAACAGAUGACACAGACGAGCCCCUCGAUGUCCAGGUCAAAGCCGCCUUAGCGCUGAUCGAACAACCAACGCUGGUUUUAGGCAUACAAUCAGAUGGCCUUUUCACGUACGCCGAACAGCAGGAACUAGCGGCUUCGAUACCGAAUAGUCAGCUCCGAACCAUCGACUCACCAGAAGGCCAUGAUGCGUUCUUGCUUGAAUUCAGGCAGGUUAAUGCGCUCUUGCUUGAGUUCUUGAGGAGAGAAGUAUCGCACAUCAUGCAACGCACGCCUGUGAAUUGGCCGCCGAAGGUUGAGGAGCAGAGGAAGGCAAAAGAGAGUACAUUUGGGGAGGCGGAGGUGGACGAUAUUACUGCUUGGUGA